AUGCCGUCCCAGAAGACUUUCCGCACCAAGGUCAAGCUCGCCAAGGCGCAGAAGCAGAACCGACCCAUUCCUAACUGGUUCCGCAUGAAGGCCGACAACAAGAUCCAGUACAACGCCAAGCGCCGUCACUGGCGCCGAACCAAGCUCGGCAUCUAA